GAGCGCAGGGCGGCGUUAUGGCUUAAAAAGGCCGCGUUCGAGCGCGCCGUUUAUUCUGUUUUUCUAUCCGUGAAGUGCAGAGCUUGACACUAUGGCAAGAACCAAGCAGACCGCCCGUAAAUCCACCGGUGGUAAGGCGCCAAGGAAGCAGCUCGCCACUAAGGCUGCCCGCAAGAGCGCGCCGGCUACCGGCGGCGUGAAGAAGCCUCACCGUUACAGGCCCGGCACCGUGGCUCUGAGGGAGAUCCGCCGUUAUCAGAAGUCUACUGAGCUGCUCAUCCGCAAGCUGCCCUUCCAGCGCCUGGUGCGAGAAAUCGCUCAGGACUUCAAGACCGACUUGCGUUUCCAGAGCUCGGCCGUCAUGGCCCUGCAGGAGGCGAGCGAGGCAUACCUGGUCGGUUUGUUCGAGGACACCAAUCUGUGCGCUAUCCACGCCAAGAGAGUGACUAUCAUGCCCAAGGAUAUUCAGCUGGCCCGCCGUAUUCGCGGAGAACGCGCUUAAACCACAUCUCCGUCUAA